CCCGGCUUCCCCCGAGCCCCCCGGCCUCCCGGCCGCUUCCGGGAGCCCCUCGGCCUCAGCGGUCAGACCCCUCGGAGAGCCGGCCUUUCCCCGCCGCUUCCCCCGGGUCCUUCGGGCCUCUCCCCGGACCCUUGCUCGCCCUCGGAGCCCCUUGGACUCCCGGCCCGCUCUUCGGAGGCCGCGCUGGGCCUGCGGAGGGUGUGUGGGGAGGAUGGCCGGGGGGCUGGGAGCACACGUGGGGGCCCGGGAACGGUGGCAGCGGUGCGUGGGCGGGUGGUACCGGCAGGGGGUCCAGGCCAUCGGCGGAGGUGGUGAGGGAGCACUUGAUGAAGUCAUACGGAAGCGUCUCCUAAUUGAUGGAGACGGCGCUGGAGAUGAUCGGAGAAUCAAUCUGCUCGUGAAAAGUUUCAUUAAAUGGUGCAACUCCGGGUCCCAGGAAGAGGGAUAUAGCCAGUACCAACGUAUGCUGAGCACACUGUCCCAAUGUGAAUUUUCAAUGGGCAAAACUUUGCUUGUAUAUGAUAUGAAUCUCAGAGAAAUGGAAAAUUAUGAAAAAAUUUACAAAGAAAUAGAAUGUAGCAUUGCUGGAGCACAUGAAAAAAUUGCUGAGUGCAAAAAACAAAUUCUUCAAGCAAAGCGAAUACGAAAAAACCGCCAAGAAUACGAUGCUUUGGCGAAAGUGAUCCAGCACCAUCCAGACCGGCAUGAGACAUUAAAGGAACUAGAGUCUCUGGGAAAGGAACUAGAGCAUCUUUCACAUAUUAAAGAAAGUGUUGAAGAUAAGCUGGAAUUGAGACGGAAACAGUUUCACGUUCUCCUUAGUACCAUCCACGAACUUCAGCAAACGCUAGAAAAUGAUGAAAAGCUCUCAGAGGUAGAAGAAGCUCAAGAAAGCACCAUGGAAACAGAUCCUAAGCCAUAAACAGACUAAUGGUUCACCCUUCCCAAGAAGGCGGAAGUAACAACAUGCUCCUAGUGCGUUUAGAAUUUGUUGUGCUCUUGAGCUAUUUAAAGUUUUGGCAGUAGACUACUUUGCUUUUAAAUACUAAUGCACAGUUCAUUCCUAUUUCUUUACACAAAGGAAAAAAACUUCAGUAUAAAUUUUUUUGUAUUGAAAUGUCUUUUUUAUUCUUAAACUUAAAAAGUAGGAAGCGAUAUCCAAAAAUGUUUAAUAAAAUGUUUUCAAGCCA